AUGAAUGCCCUGAACAUCCAGCUGACCCAGAUGUGCACGAUGUGUACAAGGCCUCCAGACACCAGGCAGAGAGGGCAUUCUAGGAAAGAAGUAAUGUCUGGGAGAAGGAACCUCCACAUUGCCAGACACAGUGAGAGUCCUUGGAACACAGGCCCUCAGACCAUGAGCUCUCUAACCCAGCUCAGCAGUGGAAACACUAACGCCCCAGACACCUGGCUGACCAGGAGGCCACAGAACACCAACACUCGAACACAGCAGAAUAUAGAGAAAUUCAGUCCCCAGAAGAGAGCACCCACCAUUAAUCCAAAGACUGGGAGCCCUCUGAAUCCAUUUGACACUGGGCAGAGUCAUAUAGACACGGGGCCUGCACCUGGGCAGCAGGCUCACCCUAUGCCCGUGGACCUGGAGACUACCAACCCAGCUCAGCACAUUGCCAAGAACUCACCUGGACAAUGUAAUCACCAUGUGUCUUUAGACCUGGAGACCUGUUCCACAGUUCUGCAUUUGGCCAAGAAUUUACCUGGUGCUUUCACGUCUUCAUCCCCACCGCGGGUUUCCGCAGUUCAUUGGCAUGCCAUCAUAUGGCCCCCUCCCAUGCAGAUCCCGACGGAGGCGGCUUGUUCUAAAGCCGAUGCAGUAUGGGGCUCUGCACACAUUUUCCAGCAGAACCCGUACCCAGGCAUCGCCACCAGAGAACGACUGUCCCAAGAGCUAGACAUUCCACAAUCCAGGAUCCAGGUGUGGUUCCAGAACCAGUGCACGAGACAGCUAAGGCAGAGCCAAUUGGGGUCUGCCAAAUCCCAAGGGGAAGGGCCACCACAUGGACAGGAACAGCCUCCAGCUUGGACUCAAGUUAACUCCCCAGCAUACAAAACGGGUCUCUUCUUGAGCUUCUCCUAG